GGCUGAUUCACUCCUCACGCUUGGUCAACACGGACUGCAGAAAAACUAGAAGACAUUUAUUUCUGCAACUCUCCAGCAUUUUGUUCGGACUUUUCUAUUGUAUUAUUUUCCAACAUCACCACACAUUAACAAGAAGAGCGAAAGGAUCAAUUUGAAGGAUCUCAUGACAAGUUACAGUAAUGGAGGAUUCUUCAACCCUGCCUACCAUGACAGCGAGACUCUGGAAAUUGAUAGAAGGUCUUCCAGCAAAACCCCCCUCCACACUAACCCCUACGCCCGGGGUGAGGGUGCAGAUGGAAAUUACUCCACUGGUCAGAUCAGCAGUGAUGAUGCUUUAAGGAGGGUGCCGCGGGGGGGUUGGCAGGAGGAGAGCUGGAGGGGGAGGGAAAGCCUCCCCAUGGGCCACAUCUCAACACGCCCUAGGAGUCCUUCAUGGCAGCAUGACAUCAAUCACAGUACCUUCCAAAUCCCACCUGACUCUCAGUAUGAUCGAUCACUUUCCAUCCGCCUUCCUUCCACAACAUCAGGUAACAUGACGAUGAGAAGGAGGGGAAUAUCAAUGAGACGGAUGAGCAUGUUUCCUAACGGUGAUCCUAACCACGUAGCCUUCACAGAGGACGCCAUAAGGAACGAGAUGGAGAAUGAGGAACAGAACCUGGUAAAAGAGCUUGUUGCCCUAUCAACACGAGACAGAAUUUGGGCGAUUCGGGACCUUCCAAUGAGCUUUGAUGAGAAGAAACAAAUAAGGAGCCAAGUGCUGGCAUUCAAGUCUGCCAAGAAAUCUCGCCAGUUCACAUGUUUUGCAGACUGCUCUGAGAACAUGUCACUGUCUUUCCGCAGGUGCGGAUAUGGUAUAAGAUCGGCCAGGCAGACCCUGGAGCUGUGGCAGGGCAUCAUGAAAGAGAUCGGUGGCACGUUUGGCACCAGCGUGCUCUCCUACUUCGUGUUCCUCAAGUGGCUGCUCAUGUUCAACAUUUUCUCCUUCCUGGUGAACUUUGGCUUUAUUACCAUCCCGCAGCUUGUUUACAGCCCCUGGCCCAACAUAUCUCCGAAUGUGAGCUUCAGAGGACUGGAGAUACUGACUGGAGCAGGUUACUUCAACAACACCGUCAUGUACUACGGGGGCUACAGCAAUGAAACCAAGGUGCAUCUAGCGGAGUACAACAUGCAGUUGGCUUAUUUCUUCACCAUUGCAGUCUACAUGGUUCUGUGUGGAAUUGCACUUAUCUUCAGCAUGGCCAGCUCAUUCAAGACAAACUAUGUGCUAGCAGACCCUGCUUCAAACAGUGCAUGGCAGCUUCUGUGCAGCUGGGACUUUAAUAUUACCAACGAGAAGGCAGUGAGACAGCGCAAAAACAAUCUACGAGUGCAACUCAAGGAGUCCAUGUCAGAGAAGGCCCAGAGGGAGGGCCUAACCCUCUCUGAAAGUCUGAAGCACUUUGGGGUUUAUCUGGGUGCCUGGCUGCUCUCCACUAGCCUGGCUGUCGGCUCUGGAGCUAGCAUCUAUUAUGUCUGCCAAUUCGAACAGCAGCGGGCAACAGAUUCUGCCAACUGGUCUCUGCUGCAGGAGGCAGAGACUCUGCUGGUUCCCUUUGUGGUGUCUCUGAUGAACCUGGUCGUCCCGCUCUUCUACUCCCUCUUCAACAAGUUUGAGCACUACUCCAGCCAGCGCAAACAGAUCUACGCACUGGUAGUCAGAAAUGUGUUACUCAAGAUGUCCAUUCUGGCUGUCUUGUGUUAUAACUGGAUGAAUGUGGUGGCUGUAAAGUUUUCGUGUUGGGAGUCCAUGGUAGGACAGGCUUUGUACCGACUGGUCAUUGUUGAUUUUCUUUUUCUAAUGUUGGGAUCCUUCUUUGGAGAGUUUCUUAGCAAUGUGAUUGGGACCAGAUUACUUCCACGUCUGGGAGUUCCAGAGUUUGAUGUAGCCAGAAAUGUCCUUGAACUGAUCUACGCACAGACUCUGGCCUGGAUUGGUAUUUACUUUUCUCCUCUGCUGCCUGCCAUCCAGAUCCUCAAAUUUUUCAUUUUGUUUUACUUAAAGAAGGUCAGCCUGACCCAGAACUGCCAGCCUCCGAGGCGGUCAGGCAGAGCCGCUCAGAUGCAAACCAUCUUCAUCGCCCUGCUCUUCUUCCCUUUCUUCGUGGGAGCCGUCUCUAUGGUUGCGUUCACCGCCUGGAGUCUGACCCCCUCAGAGCAUUGUGGUCCUUUCCGGGGACUCAACAGCACCUUCAAUGUGGUCGAAGUUUGGAUGGUUCAUCUGGAGGAGACCUCUAGUUCUGAAUGGGUGGUUUGGAUCUACCAAAAUGUCAUCAGGAGUGAAAUCUUCUACUUUCUUAUCUCACUCAUCAUCAUAGUCAUCAUAUACAUCUUCUGGCAAGUCACUCGGGGCCGCAAGCUCCUUAUUCGUGUACUGAGACAACAGAUUGUUAAUGAAGGGAAAGACAAGUCCUUCUUGUUAGAGAGACUCCAAAAUCUCCAAAAAUCUCACCCUGAUAAAAGAUCAAAACAGAAGAAUCCGAAAAAGCACUCCAAACGGAGGCCAGAUGACCACUCCUCAGGCGGUCAGUCCACCUCAAACGCCAUGGUUCAGGCGUUACUCGCUCGCCAGCAGCUCGAGAAGGAGGAAGAGGAAAGACUCAGCACUGGCGGAGUUCCAGUUCCCUCCGACAUCUCCUCCUCCUCCAGUGCUCUUAUUCAGGCCAUGCAGGCCCGGCAGAGGGCCGAGGGUCAAGAAAGGGACGAACACUACAGCGCAGUUUAUUACGAAAGCCCCACAAACACAUCCAGCGCUGUCACACAGGCGAUGCAAGCCAGACAAAGAGCGCAAGUGGAAGGAACUGAUGAUGCAAGUGAUCCAACUUCUUCUGUGUCAAGUGUUAUGAUGCAAGUCAUGCAAGCCAGGCAGAGGGCAGAGGAAGAGGAUAGGCCUCAGUGGGUCCCGGCACCCCCACAAAACCCAGCACCCGCAGGCUCCAGCGCGCUCAUUCAGGCCAUGUUGGCCCGGCAGCAGGCCCAGAACGAGUAUGAUGAUGGCUACUAAAAAAAGGGCCUUUAUUUUACCAUGGAUAAGUGGGACAGAAUUGAAGAGAUGACUGAAAACACACUUUUGAUUUGUGCUAUCACCCAUAGAUGAAUAGCCUUGGUUGUAUAUCUAUAAAUUAGGUGAUUUCUCUAGAAAUGCAAUACAUUUUAAUAGGACAAGUAUAGGUACUGUAGCAGGGCUAGAAGAUAUCGUAGGCCCACCUCUCUAUGCACUUUUUUUGUACAAAUAUAUCUUAAUAGUAUGUUUCUAUGACAGUAUAUACGCCUUGUAAU